AGGGAGGACGCCCCGAGUACACGUCACUGGCCCGCGCCGGAAGAGCGUAUUCUAUCGAGCUCUGCCCUCAACUUCUGCCCCGGGCCGGUACCGUAAAAUCCCGGGAUGAGUCGCAAGAGGCAUCGCCUGGUCUCGGAGAUCUUGGGUCUGAAGAGGCGGCGGGAGCGGGGGCCUGUGGACGCGGACCCCCUGAGGGGCGAGUCAGGGUCGGCGCGCGCGGCGGUGACGGAGCUAGUGCGGCUGUUCCCGCGAGGCCUGUUCGAGGACGAGCUGCCUCCCAUCGCGCUGAGGAGCCAGGUGUACAGCCUCGUGCCCGACAGGACGGUGGCCGACCGGCAGCUGAAGGAACUUCAGGAGCAGGGAGAGAUCAGAGUCAUCCAGCUGGGCUUUGACUUGGAUGCCCAUGGGAUUAUCUUCACAGAGGACUACAGGACCAGAGUCCUCAAGGCCUGUGACAGCCGGCCCUGUGCUGGGGCUGUGCAGAAGUUCCUGGCUUCCGUGCUUCCAGCCUGUGGGGGUCUUAGUUUCCAGCAGGAUCAGAUGACACAGACCUUUGGCUUCAGGGACUCAGAGAUCACGCAUCUGGUGAACGCCGGUGUCCUCACUGUACGGGACGCAGGGAGCUGGUGGCUGGCGGUGCCCGGAGCUGGGAGAUUUAUCAAGUACUUUGUUAAAGGGCGCCAGGCUGUUCUCGGCAUGGUCCGAAAGGCCAGGUACCGGGAGCUACUCCUGUCAGAGCUUCUGGGCCGGCGGGCGCCUGCUACUGUGCGGCUCGGCCUGGCCUACCACGUCCAUGACCUCAUUGGUGCCCAGCUGGUGGACUGCAUCUCCACUACUUCCGGAACCCUCCUUCGCCUGCCAGAGACGUGAGGGACUGCCUGCUGUCACACCUCCUGAGUGGGACAAGGCCCAGGAGUGCUACCUGUGGCGGCCAAGCUGGUGACAUCCUGAGAAGGCUGGGAGCUGGGACAGCGCGGGGCUCACGGGGGUACAGAGGGCUAGGUGGGCUACCCCAGUGGGCUCGGCAGACUGCUGUGCCCUGCGGUACAGAGCUGGGAAGUGCCAGGGCCUUGGCUGCCGCCCUUUGGGAAGAAGGUGCUGUGUGCUGUCUGGGAUUGGCUAUUAGGGUGGCUGGAAGGGGCUGGGGUUCUCUGCCCCGCAUGCUGAAUUGGAAUUGCCAAAUAAAGUACUGUGCCUGUGAC